GGGUGGGGGGGGUUGCGGUCUUUCCGGGGGUCUGGCCCCGCGCGGGGGGGGCAGCCCGAGGGGCGGCCGCCGUGUGAGAAGCGGCUGAAGAUGCCGCUGAUGAUGGUCAGGAAGGUCUGCGCGCACUUCGUGAAGUUCUCCAUCCGAGACUACGGCUUCUGCUCGGCGACUCUGCUGCUCUUCACCGUGGCCUCCCUCGUCUACCAACUGAACGGCGGCCCGCCCGGGGUGCUGCAGGAGCUCCGCAAGUACCUGGGAAAUUCUUCUUUCCUGGAUGGUUACAGACCUCUCCCUCCAAAGGUCCUGCCAUUCCCCAGCCAAGUAGUCUACAACAGGGUCGGAAAGUGUGGGAGUCGAACAGUGGUUCAGCUGCUGAAAAUCCUUACAGAGAGAAACCAUUUCAACCUAGUAAAUUCAGACAUUCAUAAUAAGACCAGGCUGAAUAAAAAUGAGCAGGCAGAAUUAGUAAGGUAUAUCAACAUUGUGCAGCAACCUUACUUGUAUACACGGCAUGUCCAUUUUCUCAACUUCACAAGGUUUGGAUUGCAACAGCCGGUUUAUAUCAAUUUGAUUAGGGAUCCAAUUAGCCGCUUUGUAUCCAACUAUUUUUUUCGACGCUUUGGAGACUGGAGGUCUGAACAGAAUCACCAGAUCCGAACGCCAGGAAUGAAAGACGAAGAGCGAUACUUGGACAUCAGUGAUUGCAUUCUUGAAAACCACGCAGAAUGCAGCAACCCUAGACUAUUCUACAUUAUCCCAUAUUUCUGUGGGCAACAUCCCAAGUGCAGAGACCCAGGGGAAUGGGCUCUACAAAGAGCCAAAGACAACAUGAAUGAGAAUUACCUGCUUGUGGGAAUUCUUGAAGAGUUGGAAGAUGUACUGCUUUUACUGGAACGACUUUUACCUCAUUACUUCAAAGAUGCUAGUUCCAUCUAUCAUAGUCCAGAGUAUAAGAAGCUUGGAAAUGGGACAAUCACUGUGAAGAAACAAAUACCUUCCCCAAAGGCACUUCAAGUGUUGUACCAGCAAUUACAGUAUGAAUACGACUUUUAUCGCUAUGUCAGGGAUCAGUUCCAUUUACUGAAGCGAAAGUUUGGUCUGAAGGUUGAAGAAAAAACUCAGAAAAGAGAGUAUGUGAUUUCAGAGCUGAAUCAAAUCCCAAAGCCCAACAUUGAUGACAAUGGUGGAGAUGGUGAGGGUGGCGAUGGCAAUGGUGAUGAUGGUGAUAACAAAUGGCUAAAAAAUAUUUAUAGAUGAAUCGAGCAGCUGCUUUGGGGCUUCAGUGUGUCCUUCCAGUGAAUGUUCAUGAGGAACUGCAUUCGGUCAUGUGAUGCUGCACUGCUGGUCUCUGCUGGAGGCGAGAUUUACCACAAUAAGACAGCAGUCAGCCUAUGGCAGGCAGAUGUUUAUAACAUACACUUUUCAUGCUAUUGCAUGAUUUUGAACUUUUAUUUCUAGAGUUUCUUUACCAACUGCUGUAACAGCAGAUAAGAGACACUUUCAACUACUAUGCAUAUUAAAAAAAAGAAUGAUUUAUUUAGUUACUUGUUAAAAAAAACAGUUUAAUGUAAAGAAGGUAUUAUUCCAAUAUAUUCAUCUGAAGACUGUACUAAACCUGUUAGUUGCCAGCUCAUUUUCAUAAACCGGUUUGGAUUAUCAGACGAAUGACCCAGUCGAGGAAAGCGGAUUCCCAGCAUUUAGGAAAAUGCAUUUUGUAGACUCUGCAAAACUGUCCUCGUGUUGUAAAUUAUCAGAAAAUAAACCAUCUGAAAGCA